AUGCCUGAUAAGAGGCUCAAUGAGAUGAAAAAAUGGGUGGACUUGGAGAAGAACUGGGUGGACCUGAUUGUUUUGGCACUUAGGUUAGUGGAUGACCGGUGUGUGGUCCAGCCAGAGGCAGGUGACCUUGCUAAUCCUCCAAAGAAAUUCAGAGAUUGCCUUUUCAAGGUGUGUCCUAUGAACCGAUAUUCAGCUCAGAAGCAGUACUGGAAAGCCAAGCAAGCCAAACAAGGAAACCACACAGAAGCAGCACUGCUGAAGAAACUUCAACAUGCGGCAGAACUGGAACAAAAGCAGAACGAAAGCGAGAACAGAAAGCUCUUGGGUGAAAUUGUAAAAUACAGCAAUGUCAUACAGCUACUGCACAUAAAAAGUAACAAGUACCUCACAGUCAAUAAGAGAUUGCCGGCUCUGCUAGAGAAGAAUGCUAUGCGGGUGUCUCUGGAUACUGCAGGGAAUGAGGGAUCCUGGUUUUACAUCCAGCCCUUCUGGAAACUGAGGAGUGAAGGUGACAAUGUUGUUGUGGGAGAUAAAGUUGUCCUCAUGCCAGUCAAUGCAGGGCAGCCUCUACAUGCCAGCAACAUUGAGCUUCUAGAUAACCCUGGGUGCAAAGAGGUGAAUGCUGUCAACUGUAACACAAGCUGGAAAAUAACUUUGUUUAUGAAAUUCAGCAGUUACCGGGACGAUGUACUGAAAGGAGGAGAUGUUGUUAGGCUUUUUCAUGCAGAGCAAGAGAAGUUUCUGACCUGUGACGAAUAUGAGAAGAAACAGCAUAUUUUCCUUCGUACUACAUUACGUCAGUCAGCCACUUCUGCAACAAGUUCUAAAGCACUGUGGGAAAUAGAGGUUGUCCAUCAUGACCCUUGCCGGGGAGGGGCAGGACAGUGGAAUAGCUUAUUUAGAUUUAAGCAUUUGGCAACUGGAAACUACUUAGCUGCAGAGCUUAACCCACACUAUCCAGAAGGUAAUAAUGAAGGAAAAGCUUUGAGAGACGGCGACCUUCCUGCUUCAAAGAAGAAACGCCAAGCAGGGGAGAAGAUUAUGUAUACUUUGGUCUCUGUGCCACAUGGAAAUGACAUCGCAUCUCUCUUUGAACUGGAUGCCACCACUCUUCAGAGAGCUGAUUGCCUGGUUCCAAGGAACUCCUAUGUCCGACUGAGGCAUUUAUGCACUAACACUUGGGUCACUAGUACCAGCAUUCCAAUAGAUACUGAUGAAGAGAGGCCUGUGAUGUUAAAGAUUGGGACAUGCCAAACAAAAGAGGACAAGGAAGCUUUUGCCAUUGUAUCGGUUCCUCUGUCUGAGGUCAGAGACUUGGACUUUGCCAAUGAUGCAAACAAGGUGUUAGCAUCAACUGUUAAAAAGCUGGAGAAUGGAACAAUAACCCAGAAUGAAAGGAGGUUCGUAACCAAGUUACUAGAAGAUCUCAUUUUCUUUGUUGCUGAUGUGCCUAACAAUGGGCAGGAAGUUUUGGAUGUGGUCAUUAGCAAGCCAAACCGAGAACGACAAAAAUUAAUGAGGGAGCAAAAUAUAUUGGCUCAGAUAUUUGGCAUGCUCAAAGCUCCUUUUAAGGACAAAGGUGAAGGAUCGAUGCUGAGACUUGAAGAUCUAGGUGACCAGAGAUACGCCCCAUACAAAUACAUGUUAAGAUUAUGUUACAGAGUUCUCAGACAUUCCCAACAGGACUACAGGAAGAACCAGGAAUACAUUGCUAAGAACUUCUGCGUCAUGCAGUCCCAGAUUGGUUAUGAUAUUCUGGCAGAAGAUACCAUCACAGCUUUGUUGCACAACAACAGAAAGCUGCUAGAGAAACACAUCACGGCUAAAGAAAUAGAGACGUUUGUUAAUUUACUCAGGAGAAAUCGAGAGCCAAGAUUCUUGGAUUAUCUAUCGGACCUGUGUGUAUCUAACACCACAGCAAUACCAGUAACUCAGGAACUCAUCUGCAAGUUUAUGCUGAGCCCAGGGAAUGCUGACAUUCUCAUUCAGACCAAGCUGGUUUCGACACAAAUGGACAAUCCUUUGGAAUGCCCUGUCAUCUCAGAUGAUAUUGAUGAAGAGGAAGUAUGGCUUUACUGGAUUGACAGUAACAAGGAGCCUCAUGGCAAAGCCAUCAGGCAUCUGGCUCAGGAGGCGAAGGAAGGCACAAAAGCAGAUUUAGAAGUUCUUACCUACUACAGGUACCAACUAAACCUCUUUGCAAGAAUGUGUCUGGACCGCCAAUAUCUCGCCAUCAAUCAGAUUUCUGCACAGCUGUCAGUUGACUUGAUCCUACGAUGUAUGUCUGAUGAAAGCCUCCCUUACGACCUCCGGGCUUCGUUUUGUCGGCUGAUGCUACACAUGCAUGUGGACAGAGAUCCUCAGGAAUCUGUGGUACCUGUCAGAUAUGCCAGAUUGUGGACUGAAAUUCCUACCAAGAUCACAAUUCAUGAAUAUGAUUCUUUCACAGACUCUUCAAGGAAUGAAAUGAAGAGGAAGUUUGCACUAACUAUGGAAUUUGUAGAAGAGUACUUGAAAGAAGUUGUAAAUCAGCCCUUUCCUUUUGGAGACAAAGAGAAAAAUAAACUUACAUUUGAGGUGGUACAUCUGGCUCGAAACCUCAUAUACUUUGGCUUUUAUAGCUUUAGUGAGCUUCUCAGACUGACCCGGACACUCCUCGCCAUUCUGGAUAUUGUUCAAGUUCCUAUAUCAUCAUACUUCGAAAGGUUGAGCAAGUUUCAGGAUGGAGGAAACAAUGUUAUGAGGACCAUCCAUGGUGUAGGAGAGAUGAUGACUCAGAUGGUGCUGAGCAGAGGAUCUAUAUUUCCCAUUAGUGCCCCUGAUGCACAACCAAGCGUUCACCCAAACAAGCAGGCCAACACCUCAGACAGUGAAGAUGUGAUUGUAAUGGACACCAAACUGAAAAUCAUUGAGAUUUUGCAGUUUAUUCUCAGUGUUAGACUGGACUAUAGAAUAUCCUACAUGCUGUCUAUCUAUAAGAGAGAGUUUGGGGAAAACAACGAAAACGUUGAUUGCUCUACAACAUCCCCGCCUGACACACCAGGGAUUGCCUCAGCAAUUGUUCCAGAUAUAGAUGAAAUUGCAGCUCAGGCUGAGACCAUGUUUGCUGGCAGAAAGGAGAAGAAUGCAGUUCAGCUUGAUGAUGAAGGGGGCAGAACUUUUUUACGGGUCCUCAUUCACCUCAUCAUGCACGACUACCCGCCUUUGCUCUCAGGUGCUUUGCACCUGCUAUUUAAGCACUUCAGCCAGAGAGCAGAAGUUUUGCAAGCAUUUAAACAGGUUCAGUUGCUGGUGUCUAAUCAAGAUGUUGAUAACUACAAGCAAAUCAAGGCUGAUCUUGAUCAGCUACGUCUGACUGUAGAAAAAUCAGAAUUGUGGGUUGAAAAGAGCAGCAAUUAUGAGAGCGGAGAGGUGGGCGACAACCAAACCAAAGGGGGAGAAGAGCCAAUAGAGGAAUCAAAUAUUUUGAGUCCAAUACAGGAUGGGACCAAAAAACCCCAGAUAGACAGCAAUAAAAGCAAUAACUACAAUAUUGUUAAAGAGAUUUUGGUUCGACUCAGCAAACUUUGUGUUCAGAAUAAAAAAUGUCGGAAUCAACAGCAGCGAUUGCUGAAAAAUAUGGGUGCCCACCUGGUAGUCUUGGACCUUCUGCAGAUACCCUAUGAAAAGAGCGAUGAAAAGAUGAAUGAAGUUAUGAAUCUAGCCCACACUUUUCUUCAGAAUUUCUGUCGAGGAAAUCCUCAGAAUCAAGUUCUCCUCCACAAAAAUCUCAACUUGUUCUUAACUCCAGGGCUCCUGGAAGCUGAAACCAUGCGGCACAUCUUCAUGAAUAAUUACCUUUUGUGUAAUGAAAUUAGUGAAAGAGUGGUGCAGCACUUCGUACACUGCAUUGAGACCCACGGCCGUCAUGUGGAGUACUUGCGUUUCCUGCAGACCAUUGUGAAAGCAGAUGGCAAAUAUGUGAAAAAAUGCCAGGACAUGGUAAUGACAGAGCUGAUAAAUGGUGGUGAAGAUGUGUUGAUAUUCUACAAUGACAGAGCAUCAUUUCCAGUCCUACUCCAAAUGAUGUGUUCAGAGCGAGAUCGAGCAGACGAGAGUGGACCCUUAGCAUAUCACAUCACUCUAGUGGAAUUGCUAGCAGCUUGUACGGAAGGAAAGAAUGUUUACACAGAGAUCAAGUGCAAUUCACUCCUGCCACUGGAUGAUAUAGUGAGAGUAGUGACCCAUGAUGACUGCAUACCUGAGGUGAAAAUUGCCUAUGUUAAUUUUGUUAACCACUGUUAUGUGGACACUGAAGUGGAAAUGAAAGAAAUCUAUGCCAGUAACCAUAUUUGGAAAUUAUUUGAGAACUUCCUUGUUGAUAUGGCAAGGGUUUGUAACACAACCACAGAUCGUAAACAUGCAGACAUAUCUCUAGAGAAAUAUGUCACUGAGCCUGUAAUGAACAUUGUGAGUGGCUUCUUCAAUUCGCCAUUUUCAGAUAACAGCACCAGCCUCCAGACACACCAGCCUGUUUUUAUUCAGCUGCUGCAGUCUGCUUUUAGAAUUUACAAUUGUACCUGGCCAAACCCAACGCAGAAAGCCUCAGUGGAGUCAUGUAUCAAGACUUUGGCUGAAGUGGCGAAGAACCGUGGGAUUGCAAUUCCAGUGGAUUUGGACAGCCAGGUCAACACCUUGUUCAUGAAGAGUCACUCUAACAUGGUGCAGAGGGCAGCCAUGGGGUGGAGAAUGUCAGCCCGCAGUGGACCUCGCUUUAAAGAAGCUCUUGGUGGUCCUGCCUGGGAUUACAGGAAUAUCAUAGAAAAACUACAGGACGUAGUGUCCUCCUUGGAGCAGCAGUUCACUCCCAUGAUGCAAGCUGAAUUCUCAGUGCUGGUUGAUGUGCUGUACAGUCCAGAACUUCUUUUUCCAGAGGGGAGUGAUGCCAGAAUAAGAUGUGGUGCUUUCAUGUCCAAGUUGAUUAAUCACACAAAGAAGCUAAUGGAGAAAGAAGAAAAGCUCUGCAUUAAAAUUCUUCAGACAUUACGAGAAAUGCUUGACAAGAAAACUAACUUUGUGGAAGAGAGCCUUCUGUGUGGUUUCCUCUUAUCCAUAUUUCUGCAUAUUCCCAAAUUCUUUCAGUAUUAUUCACUCUUAA